AUGUCAGGCGGCCCAGCUGGCGGCGUGGGAGGGGGAGGGACGAGCAGGGACGGCGCGCAGAUGCACCCCGACAUGGCGUUCGAAUGGGGCUACUCGCCCCGAGCCGUGCACUCGCCAUCGCGUUUCAGUCGCGACGAGGAGGCGAACCCUAAUCGGACCAAGAGCAACCUCAGCCAGCAGCGCACGCUCAGUCUCAGCGCCGCGCGCCUCAGCCAAGCCGCGGCGGACCUCGGAUUCCACGUCACCCCUCCCCCGUACCCCUCCGCCUCCGCCAAUGCGCCACCCGCGGCGCAAGCAGGAGCGUUCCCCGGGUUUUCCCCCGCGGCUGCUGCGGCGGCUGCUGCUGCACUAGCAGCAGGCGGGGAUGCUGGCGGGGGGCUGGGUCUAGGGGGAGGUAUACCUGGGGGAGGUAUAUCCGGGGGAGGUCUCGUUCGGGGCGGGUCGGGACUGCCAGGGUGGUCCGGAGGAGGCGUAGCUGGUGCUGGUGGCGCCGGUCAUCUGCAAUCGCUUACAGUAGAUCCGUCUAAAGCGGGGAUAUCUUCUCGCGGAGCAGGGGGGCACGGCGUGCCUCCGCUGCCCCUGCCGUCUCCCAAAGGGAACGCCGCCGCUGCUGCUGCCGUCGCCAACGCUGCCGCGGGCAAGCUGGGCAGCCCGAGAGGAAACUUUUCCGGGUCGCGGGCAGCCGGUCUGGGGCAUUGGCCGAGAGCCGGUCUGCCCGCGAGCAUUCAGCAGCAGCUGAUGUUGGGGGCGAUCGGGGGAGGGGCGGGCGGGGGAGCAGCAGGGGGGGGCGCAGCGGGACUUGCAGGGCUAGGGGGAAUGCAGAGCGGCUUUGCUGGCGGUGGAGGCGGCAUGGGGGCAUUGGGGAAUGUAGGGGGAGCGGGGAUGGCGGGAAUGGCGGGGAUUGGGGGAAUGGCAGGGCUCGCUGCUUUGAAUAGUAGCAGCGACGGCAGCGGCAGCGGCGGCGGCAGCGGUGGCGGGUUACCAGGUAUGAACCUGCAGACGCAGUUGAGCCUGCUAGCCGCCCAGCUUGACGGCCGAAUGGACGACAACAACCCCCUCUCGCGGACCAACAGCGCGCCGCCACUUGGCGCGCUUCUCGCCAGCAUCGGUGACGUGGCAGAGCUGGAGAGGCUCUACCGAUUGCUCCCCGAUGCCAUGUCACCGGACGUCUCCCCGCACGUGGGGCUGACGCUGCCGUACCAGGGCAUAGGCGCGGCCUCAGGCUCGGCAACAAGCUCGGCAGUAGGCUCGGUGGCGACGAGCCCGGACCGGGAAUUGCACUUACAUCGGCUGCUGGGGAGCAUGGGCAGCGGUAGCAUGGGUAGCAUGGGCAGUGGCAGCAUGGGCAUGGGCAGCGGUAGCAUGGCAGGGUAUUUAUCGUCAACAGUACCAUCUAUGGCGGCUCUUAUAAGGGAGCGCACUAAGCUCUCCCGCACUAGCAGCUGCCCCCCCCCUGUGGCGGAGGACAUGAGCGGGGGCGCGGGGGGAAGCGGAAUGGAGGGGCGCGGGGGCGAGGGGGAGUCGUCUGAGUCGGAGGGGGAGAGCGGGCAGCAUGGGGCGGGCGCGGGGCACAAGAGGAAGAAGCGCCGGGCUCCGGGGGGAGUGGGGGCGGGUGCUGACGUGGCUGGAAGGAGCGGCGGAGGUGGCAAGCAGAGGGAGCCAGAGGACGCGCUGGAUGGCGGGGCGCGCCUGGGGGGGCGCGGAGGGGGCGGGGGAGGGGGCGGGAGCGCGGGCAGCGGGGGGAAGGGAAGCGCGGGGGCGUGGGGGGGGAGCCCGGGGGGCGGGUACAGCAUGCAGGGCGGGGGGAUGGGGGGGAGCAUGCAGGCGGGGGCGAUGGAAACAUCGAGCCAGGACUAUAUUCAUGUGCGCGCGAGGCGAGGGCAGGCCACUGACAGCCAUAGCCUUGCCGAAAGGGUGCGGCGGGAGAAGAUCAGCGAUCGAAUGAAAGUGCUCCAGAGCCUUGUUCCAACCUGCACCAAGGCAACGGGCAAGGCAGUGAUGCUGGACGAGAUUAUCAAUUAUGUGCGCUCGCUGCAGCUGCAGGUGGAGCUGCUAUCGGCCAAGCUAGCAGCAAUAGAGCAGGACACAGCAGAGAUGGACGGCUCAGAUUCACCCGCCGACUUUUGUGCGGCUCAGAUGGCAGCACUGGGAGGGCUGCUACUCCCCUCCGCCCCUGCUUCUGCUGCUGCUGCUGGCGCAGGGGGAGGAGCAACAGGUGGUGGGGGAAAUGUCGCUGCUAUGGGUGGGGGUGCCGCUGCUGGUGGUGCUUCUGCUGGUGCGGGCGUUUCUGGUGGUUCUGCUGGUAGUGCUGGUGCUGCCGCUGUGGCUGCAACUGCCCUUGCCGGGGGAUCCACGGCAUCGCCCAUGGCCACGCCGUCACCAUCAGCGUCACUGGGAGCAGCGGCCGCCCUGCACCCGGACAUGGCCUCCCUCCCCACUGACCUCGCCCGCCUCCUCCUCUCCCGCCACCUGCCCCACCCCGCCUUCGGGGGAACCGCUGGGGGAGGGGGAACAGGAGGGGGAGGGGUUGGUGGGGAGGAGAUGGGGGGAGGCGGAGGGGGGAUGGGAGGAGGCGGGGGAGGAAUGGGGGGAGGCGGAGGGGGGAUGGGGGGAGGCGGGGGGGAGGGGUUGGGGGAGCUGACGAUGGAGCAGCUGCAGGCUCAGCUGGAUGCCAUGAAUGGGGUAGGCGCAGGGGGGGGGGGGGAGGGGCAGGGGUGGGGGGGGCGGGGAGGUGGAGAGGGGGGCCUCCCGCACAUGGGCGUGCCGUGUGAGGUGAGGUGGGGCAUGCAGUGUGAGUGGGACGGUGGGCUUGAGAGCAUAGUGGCAGCAGCAGCCGCCAUGCCGCCGUCCCAGCAGGCCCAGUCAGGUUCAGGCGCCAGCCACUCUGCUAAUAACCAUCACGCUUCAGGUAGCUCGUUAUCGUCUCGUUACUACCGGGACAUGCGCGAUUCUCUCCGCGCCCGCCUCUCCGCGCUGUACGGCGAGGCGCGCCGGCGGCUCCCCGCAGUCCUGGCGAGCGCGCAGGUCGCUUCCGCGUGUUUUGCUGUCGUGCUGUUGGCAUGGGUGAAUGCGGCAGUGCGGCAGAUGUGGCCAGAGCUGCGCAAAGCAAGCACGGAAAUGCUGAAGAGCAGCCUGAGGGGUCUGUUUGAAGGUUACCACUUCGGUAUCAUCACCGGCAUUGAUGUGCGAUCCGUUGACCUGGGACCCGACCCGCCCACCAUCACCGCUGUGCGAGUGCGCAGUGGCGGGGCGGACAAUGGAGGGGCGAAGAGGGAAGCGCAGAGCGGCAGAGCGGGACAGGAAGAGGGCUCCGCACAGGGAGACGUGGACGUGCAAGUGAGCAGCAUCGCUGCUGCUGCCACGCUCAAACUCACUCUCAAGCCGCUGCUGCCCCGUCUGCCGGGCUUUGGUGCCGUGCUGCUGUCACUGCUUAACCAGUGUGCUGCAGUAGUGGUGUCUUUCAACUGCAUCCUCUGCAUGCUCCCAGCCCCUCUCUCAUCCACUCUCCCAUCCUCUAUCCCCACUUCCAUUCCACCCUCCUCCCGUUCGCCUUUCCCUCACCUCUCCCCCGGGCAGCCGUUCUUUGACUUCAAGGUGUCAGUGAUGGGAGGCAAUCUCAAGGCCAUGCCAGGAUUUGAGAAGAUGAUCGAGACGGUGUUGCGCCUGUCAAUCGACGAUUCCCUCGUGUGGCCCUCGCGAUGGGUGUACCCUGUCGUGGAUGGUGACUUCAGUUUCCUCGAGCUCACCCCAGUGGGGUACCUAGACGUGUCGCUGAUAGAGGCGGAGGGGCUCCCCAAGACGGACGUGCUGACCGGGGCGGCUGACCCGUUCGUGCUGCUGUACGUGCGGCAGCGGGAGGGGGGUAUCAAGCGCAGCAGCACCGUGCACCACUCCCGCCACCCCACGUGGAACGAAGGGUUUAUUCUUGAGGUGGAGGACCCACAGGCACAGCAGCUGACGAUCAGGCUGAUGGACAGCGAGCGGUUUGAGAAGUCGGAGUUCAUUGGAGCCCAUAUGCUGCCGCUCCACACGGAGGUUAGAGAGGUGGCCAAGCCCUCCCGUGAGAGUGCGAGCACACACGGUCGCGUGCAUGUGGUGGUGAUGUAUGUGCCGUACACGGAGCGAGAGAGAGGGGAGGGGGGAGUGCCCUACACCCAAAUGGAGAAGAGAUCUAUGGACGACGACUUCCCGCCAAUGCUGGACGUGCCGGGCUUCGGCAUUCAAUUACCAGGCAGAACCGCGGAAGACAGCAACCUCAACUUCCUCACGGACAGUGGCACGGCCAACUUUGGUCACGUGGCCGUGGGGAGAGGGGGACUUAGAGUGCCGGAUCAGCAGCAGCAGCAGGACAACUCAUUGCGCUUGGCUGAUCUGAGAAAGGUGGAGCUGCUGGGGCGGGGGGCGAGUGCAGCAGUGUACCUGGUGCAGCAUGCGCGCACGGGGCAGCAGUACGCACUGAAGGACAUGCAGUUGAACAUGGAUGCUGAUGUGCAGAAGCACGUGGGGAACGAAUUGCGCAUCAACCACCAGUGCCGCUCGCCCCAUGUCGUGCGCUGCUACCAGGCGUUCGUGGACGACGGGCACCUCUUCAUAGUGCUCGAGUACAUGGACGCGGGCUCACUGGCCGACGUGCUGCAGCUGGUGGGGCGAAUCACGGAGCCGUACCUCGCAGCCAUCUCCCGGCAGGCCUUGCAGGGCCUGCGGGACCUGUACCAGGGGCACCGCAUCAUCCACCGCGACAUCAAGCCCAGCAACAUGCUGCUCAACCAGUCGGGGUGCCUCAAGAUCAGCGACUUUGGUGUAUCUCGCGUGCUGGAGAACAGCUAUGACGUUGGGAACACGUUUGCGGGGACUUAUACGUACAUGUCGCCGGAGCGCAUAAUGGGCAGGUCCUACUCGCACAACAGCGACCUGUGGGCCUUCGGACUGAGCCUGCUGGAGUGUGCCAUCGGGCAGUACCCCUACCGCCCCGCCUCUGGAGGCUCCUUCAACUACUUCGAUCUGCUCUCGGAGAUUUCCAACUCGCCGGCUCCCAUUGCUCCGCCGGACUUCUUCUCGCCGCAGUUCUGCGACUUUGUGGCUCUCUGUCUUCAGAAGGACCCCAACCAGCGCCCAUCAGCAGAGCAACUUCUUAACCAUCCGUUCAUCCACCUACAUCCUGACGUCAGCCUCCAACCACUUGUGAGCAGCGAUUGA